AUGUCGCCUUCAGUGCAGAACAGUCACUUCAAACUGCUCCAGCAGUUCAAGCCUGAUUACUCGCCGAGCGAGUUCACUCAGUAUGAAUCACAGCGCACUGGCAUGAGAGUGGUCAUCAUCGACCAGCCAGGUCCUAAGGUGAAUGGUUACUUUGUUCUUGCAACCGAAAUUCACGAUGAUUCGGGUGCUCCUCACACUCUAGAGCACUUGUGCUUCAUGGGUUCUCGCAACUACCGCUAUAAGGGCUUUUUGGACAAGCUAGCUACCCGUGUAUACUCCAGUACCAAUGCUUGGACAGCAACUGAUCACACUGCGUAUACACUGGAUACUGCAGGCUGGGAAGGCUUUGCUCGCAUUCUGCCAGUCUACUUGGAGCAUGUGAUUGCGCCAACUUUGACUGACGAAGGCUGCUACACUGAAGUCCACCACAUUGACGGCUCUGGAAACGAUGCCGGUGUCGUGUACUCUGAAAUGCAGGGUGUGCAAAACAAUGCCGCCGAGCUGAUCGAUCUGGCCGCCCGGCGACUGAUGUACGCGCCCGGUAUAGGCUUCCGCUAUGAGACAGGAGGUAUGAUGGAGCAGCUUCGUAAACUGCCCGCGGAGCGCAUUCGCGAGUUCCACCGUGAGAUGUACCAGCCCAAGAACUUGUGCUUGAUCAUUACCGGCGAAGUCGACCAGAACAACAUGUUAGAGAUCUUGGAUAAAUUCGAAGAUACAAUCUUAGAUGUCAUUCCUAGCCCAGACGCACCCUUCAAGAGACCUUGGGUGGAUUCCAAGCAGGCUGCCUACUUGACAGAAUCGGCGAUUCAGACAGUUGAGUUCCCUGAGGAGGAUGAAUCAUUCGGUGAAAUCGAAAUUCGAUUCAUGGGACCUGACUGCACAGAUCCUAUCCUAUCCGGGGCUCUUAAUGUGUCUCUCUUGUAUCUGGCCGGUUCAUCUGCAGCCCUGCUAGAGAACAUCAUUGUAGAGAAGGAACAGCUUGCCAGUGCCGUCUACUACGCAACUGAAGACCACCCCAGUAUGGAGGUUCGUUUCACUUUGACCAGCGUCGAGACCGAGAAGUUGCAGCAGGUUGAGAAGAGAUUCUUCGAAAUUCUCCAAGAUGCGAUGGCCAAGGCACUAGACAUGCAAUAUUUGAAGGAGUGCAUUGCCCGUCAGCGCCGGACCUGGAAGUUCUCCACCGAGAGUUCUGCCUCCUCCUUCGCAGAGUACGUUAUCUCUGAUUUCCUCUUCGGGAAGCGCGAUGGCUCGACUCUGAUGGACGUCGCAACUCUGAAGGAAUAUGAAGUCCUUGAGACCUGGUCUGAGGACCAAUGGCGUGCUUUCAUGAAGAAAUGGAUUUCCGAUGCAGCCCACGUCACUAUCUUGGGUGUCCCGUCCAGGAAGAUGUCUGAGACCUUGAAAAAGGAUGAAGAGGCUCGGGCUGCUGCGCAGAAGGAGCGUCUUGGCGAGAAGGGCCUGAAGGAGCUUGCCGACAAGCUCGAAAGGACCAAGGCAGAGAACGACAAGGAGAUCCCACAGGAGCUGCUAGAACGGUUCGCUAUCCCCGGCACCGAGUCCAUCCACUUUAUGGAGACCGCCACCGCUCGUUCAGGUGCUGCCCUGAAGGCUGGACGCCCCGACAACAAGAUUCAAACUGUUGUCGAUGCCGACAAGCUUGACCAGUCCCUUUUCAUCCACUUCGAGCAUAUCCCCAGUAGCUUUGUCCAGCUUUCCGUUCUCAUCUCAGCUGAUGCUGUGCCUGUCCAGCUGCGUCCAUUGCUGUCCAUCUACACCGAAGCGUUCUUCAACAUUCCGGUGCAGCGCGAUGGCAAGACAAUCGACUUUGAGCAGGUUGUUGUGGAAUUAGAGCGGGAUACCGUGGGAUACUCGAUGGAGACUGCUCGCGGUCUUGGAAACUCGGAGAUGCUCCGUGUCUCUUUCCAGGUUGAGCUGGAGAAGUACGAGAACGCCAUCGCCUGGCUGCAGGAGCUGUGCUGGAAGUCUGUCUUCGACGUGGAGAGACUAAAGGCGAUCAACUCCCGUCUCUUGGCCGACGUGCCUGACUCCAAACGCAGCGGCGACGACAUGCUUGCUGCCGUGCAUGUGAUGGUUCACUACGCAGAGGAGUCGAUUGUCCGCGCUCGUUCCACCUUGGUCAAGGCUCGCUAUCUCAAGCGCGUCAAGCGUCUGCUCGCCGAGAGCCCCGAGAAAGUCGUGAACCGCAUGGAGGAGAUUCGCAAUUCGCUAUUCCAGCCCGACAACGUCCGUGUAAUCGUCAUUGCCGAUAUCGAGAAGCUCCAAAACCCAGUCUCGGCCUGGAAGCCCUUCGCCGAGACUCUCGGCACCAGCACUGAGUUGCGGCCGAUCACCAACCGACGCGCUCGACUGAGCGAUGCCGGCAAGAACAUUGGCGGCAAGUCAUACAUUGUCCCCAUGCCGACUAUCGACUCGUCCUUCGCCUACGCCACCGGCCGUGGUCUGGACUCGUACGAUGCUCCCGAGCUUCCCGCGCUGCUAGUCGCAAUCUCAUACAUGAACGCCGUUGAGGGUCCCCUCUGGGUUGCCGUCCGCGGCACCGGUCUGGCAUACGGCACCAACUUCAGCUACAACAUCGACACUGGCUUUGUCAACUUCGACGUGUACCGGUCCCCGAACGCCCACAAGGCGUUCGAGUCUAGCAAGCUGAUCGUUGAGAACUAUCUGAACGGUGUUACGCCUUUCGAUCCGUUGAUGCUCGAGGGCGCUAUCAGCAGCAUCGUGGUCAACUUCGCUAAUGAGCAGAUGACUGCCGCCGGUGCUGCUCAGGGCAGUUUCAUCCGCCAGGUCGUGCGCAACUUGCCCAGCGACUACAAGGAGAAGAUGCUCAAGAAUGUGCGCGCUAUCACCACUGACCAGAUCAGGGGUGCUCUGCGUGAUAUCAUCUUGCCCAUGUUCGAUCCGAAGAAGGCGAACUUGGUUGUCACCUGUGCAACUGUGUUGGAAGAGACCAUCAAGCAGGGCUUCGAGGCUUGCGGUUUCACUCCCACAGUCCAGCCCCUCAAGGAAUUCGAGGAUGACUAUGGUCUGAAGGUCGGCGAUGAGGAAGAGGACGAUGAAGAUGAAGAUGAUGACGAGGACUAUGAGACCGGAUCCGAGGAUGAUGACGAUGAGAGUGACGAAGAGUGA